CUCCCAACCCGAACUGCGCGGGUAACAAGCGGACAGGAAAUCGAGGGGGUCUCCUUUGGGCUUUUUCAAUGGCGGCCGUGCGAUCCCGUCCUGACCUUUAUCGUUGGCGACGUUUCAAUCAGCCAGCAUCGCGGCAAAAGCCACAGUUUGAUGCUGACAGUAUAGAACACUGGAUAAAGCGGAUGGAACAAGUCUCCGAAUUUGCUGUUUCUGAAGCCUUUUCAUUAAAAAAGGCAUCCUGUUCUCAUGGACUUCAUGGUCCAGUGCUGGAUUUGGAAACAACAGAGCAGCUGCUAGAUCAUGAUGAAGCAUAUGUAGAAGCUCAAGAGUUGCUUAAUGACUGGAUGAAUUCAAAAUUGAAAUUGGAACUGGCAAGUGAUGAAGACAAUGAUGUUCAAAAUUCAGCACCCAACCCUGUUCCUUUACAGGAGCCUGUUGCUGGCUUUCAGAAAUAUAAAAAAUUUGAUGAUUUCUAUGGUUAUUUGGAGCAAGAAGUGGAAGGCACCAUGGUACAAGAUUUUUUACAGCAUCUAUUGCAAAGUGAAAUUGUAAACAGUGGUAUACUGGAAGACCUUAAAACUAAAGGCGUCAGAGAGGAAAAGGAACCCAAAGACUUACGAAUUAAAAUGGAACUAAGGCAUAAACAGGUAAAAGAAAAUCGCUUGAAACAGCAGAAGGAGCUUGAACUUCUAAAACAAGAAAAAGCCUUGAAAAAGUUAGCAAUGUCAGAGGCUCAAAAGCAAUUACAAGAGGAGACAAUGAGGAAAGCUCUGAAAGCCAAAAAAGAAGAAGCAGCGAUCCAAAAACAAAUGGUAAUACUGCGGAAGGAGUUAGGAGAAAAAAGACAUCUCAUGGAAGAAGCACGGAAAAUGGAAAGAAAAAGACACAAUUUAAAAAAAAUUCAGACUCUGAUAGAAGUUGGCCUGCAUCCUGCUGAGCUUACCUAUCUGAAUUGUGACAAUGAAGAACAAAAGAAAGAGGAACAGGCCAAAAAGCAAGAACUGCUGGACAAGGUCAACACUGCUGAUCAGAAGUGCCUACGGAAGUAUUUCUCUGCCUGGUACAAGUUUAUUCUGGAUCUCAGAAUUAAAAUGGGAAAAGCAAGAGCCCUUGCAGACUGGAAGUGCCAGCUGAAGAUUCUGCGAGCUUGGAGAGAUUAUUCAUGGACUCACAAACUGAAGAAGGAGACUCAAAAAAUGGAAAAUCAGCUUCGGGAUCAAAAUAGGAAAAACCAGCUGGCUAUAGAGUUUAACCGGAGAUGUACUUUGCGUCAUUUCUUUGCUGAAUGGCAACGCUGGAGCCGAUUAGAGAUGGAAAAGAGAGAGCUAGAAGCAAAAAAAGAAAAAAUGAGAAGAAAAAUGGCAAAGCUCUUGGAAGAAGUAUCAGUGGGGCAACUAACAUCAAAUUUCUCAAGACCUACCCAUAAAAUCCUUGAGACAGAAGUCACCCACGAUAAACCUGCAAGUGAUACAGAGGUAAACUGUAUAGAGGUUAGCCAGCUGACUGAAGCGCCGUUUGUUCAGAAUAAUCCCACAAUUGCAAAAUCUGAAAGAGGCCAUUCCUACUCUCCAGGGACAAGUAAAAAAUGCAAUCUCCAUUCACCAAGUCAACCGAAAUGGCCAUGGCAAAUCACCAGAAAACAUGCUGCUUUGAACCUUCAGGACCAUGCUAGGUUUGGGAAUGAAACAAAGCAUUCCCUGCAGCAUCUUGAUCUAUCAAAACAAAAGAAAUCUUCCGCUAUUUUGGGUCCCCUGGAACAGCAACGUCUGAUUGAAGAACAGCAACAACAGCUUCAAGAGCAGCAAGAGCUGAUCCGUAAACUUCAGGGCCUUCAGAGGCUACACACUGCUUGGGAGGUUGAGCAAACUACAACUGCUACCACGGCACUUAAUAUUAACACUCCAAAAAUUAAGGACAAAAAGCAACUGAGAGAAAAUCAAUCCAAUUGCAAGAAUACUAAACCUGUAAGGUCAGAAGUUCAGCAGCCAGUCAUUCAAAAGAGAAGGAUUUUGAAAGCAUUAGUCACACCACAUCCCUUGCUUAAAGCUAUGGAAGAGAGAGCAGUUCAGAGAGCAGAACGGAGGAAGCAAUUUGAAGAAGCAAAAAAAAACCGAGAAGACAAAAUGCUGGCUGAGAUGCAAGCCAAAGAAGAAGAACGUCAAAGACAAGAAGCCGCAGAAAAAGAGGCUAAAUUAGAGAAGAGGCGAGAAGAGAAGAAAUUGCAGCAAAUAAAAGAACUGGAAAAACAGAGAAGGUUGGAGAGAGAACAGCAACUUUUAUCCAAAGCUGAAGACCAUUACAUUAAGGCUCUGCUCAACCAGGUGUUAAAGGCCUGGAAAAGACUUACAGAGCAAUCCAAAGAAAAUAUGGUGAUGGCGCAAAGGCAUCACCGUACUAGUUUGCAGCAGAAAUGUCUUCUUGCCUGGCUUCAUAAUAUGCAAGAAAUCCAUUCAAGGAAAAUAGCUCAAGCUGAAGGUCUCCAUUGCUCUCAAUUGCUUAGAAGGUCUUUCAGGAGUUGGAUAAAGUAUAAGGAUUACAUAUUUACUCUGGAAGAGAGUGCAACCAAAGUCCAUGAAACUACCCUAAAGAAGAAGUUAUUUGGUUCUUGGUUUGAUUUGACAAACAAGGAAAAAAGAAUAUUGUGGGCAAAACAAAAGACUGCAGAUCAAUACUUUAAUAGGAGAAUGAUACUACUUGCAUUCAGAGCCUGGCAACAGUACCCAGAUCAGAUGAAAGAGGAAAGAAAAAAAGAAGAAAGACUAGAAAAGCUAAGAAAGAGAGUAUCUGAAAUUUUGCCAGAUUUCCAAGCAUGACAAAAAGAUUUCAGACCAGAGGACAAAUGGAAUUUGGAAGGAGGAAAAGGUCAAUAUGGCAAAUUCCUUCUUGAGACUGUAGCAUCAUUUCAGUAAACUCAUUCCUAUGUGCCUUUUUCCUUCUA